GUAAAAUCAGCAUACGCAUCACCCGGAUUGUUUCUCUAUAUCGAGACAAUGGGGUUGAACUGGGGACCAGUGUUAAUGUCGGUGGUUCUGUUCAUCGUAUUGACUCCCGGAGUAUUGUUUCAGUUUCCGGGGAAGACCAAAGUGGUUGAGUUUGGCGGAUUUCAGACAAGCGGCGCAGCUAUAGUCCUUCACACUCUCAUCUUCUUUGCAUGCAUCACAGUCUCCCUUAUCGCUCUUCAUAUCCACAUAUACGCUUCCUAAUCAAAAUUUAACAUUAAUGCAGUGUCCCUCAAGGCUAGCUGCAUCCUUAAUUUUAUAUAUCCUAAUCUUUUUUUUUUGUUAUUGUUUUCAUCAGCUUUGAUUUCUAAUUCCCAUUGAACGUUCUCUUCUUUGUUGUUUUAUUUGUACUUUCUUAAUUAUAUAUGCAUAGAUGAGAUAGACUUUUCUUUUUUUCAUAAAUUAGAAUCUAAAUAUAGAAAUAACUACGGAUAUUCC